UUCCGGCGGGGGCUGCCCAAUGAGACGCGGCGGGGGCGGGGCCGCAGGGGCGGGGGCAGCGGCCGGGCCCCGCGCGCUCCAUGGCGGCCACCGCCGGCCCCGACGAGGCGGACGAGGCGGUGCGGGGAACCUGCGAGGACGCGUCCGUCUGCAAACGGUUUGCUGUGAGUGUUGGCUACUGGCAGGACCCCUACAUCCAAUAUUUUGUGAGACAAGCCAAAGAAAGGAAAGCACCCGAGAUCAACAGAGGUUAUUACGCCCGUGUGCACGGAGUCAGCCGCCUGAUCAAGGCUUUCCUGGAGAAAACAGGAUGCAACUGUCAGAUUGUGAACCUGGGGGCUGGCAUGGACACCCUGUUCUGGAGGCUGAAGGAUGAAAAUCUUCUCCCUAGAAAAUAUUUUGAAGUGGAUUUUCCAAUGAUCGUUGCAAGAAAAAUACACAAUAUCAAAUCAAAACCUCCCCUGUCAAAACCAAUUAUGGAAUCCCAUUCAGGGGACUCUCUUCUAAUAGACUGCCACAGCCUGGACUCCAGUCGUUAUUCCAUAGUGGGAGCAGACCUCCGUUUCUCAUCUGACCUGGAGGAAAAGCUAAAGAAACAUAGCUUGGACAUACAUUUGCCAACGCUGCUGGUGGCCGAGUGUGUGCUGGUUUACAUGACCCCCCAGCAGUCUGCAAACCUGCUCAAGUGGGCAGCAAGCACCUUCCCCGUGGCCAUGGUGAUCAAUUAUGAGCAGGUGAACAUGGGCGACCGCUUCGGGCAGAUCAUGAUCGAGAACCUGCAGCGCCGGCAGUGCAGCCUGGCAGGGGUGCAGCUCUGCAGCUCCCUGCACUCCCAGAGGGAACGACUGCUGGCGAGUGGCUGGGAGAACGCCCGUGCUGUGGACAUGAUGAAGGUGUACAGCUUCCUGCCACAGGCUGAUGUCAAAAGAAUAGAAUCCCUGGAAUUCCUGGAUGAGAAGGAACUGUUUGAACAACUGAUGCAGCACUACUGCAUCUGCUGGGCUUCCAAGGACAGCAGCAACCUGGGUCUGGCCAACAUCGACUUCUGAGGGCUGCAGGGAGGGGAGCCCCAGGGAGCCCCGGGACUGCCCUGGCCCGGGCCAGGACCAGGAGAGGAUGGGAUUGGCACGUGCCAGCCCCGGGCUGGGCCUGGGACACUCCUGGGGCUGCUGCUGGGGACAGGCCCGGGGCCUUUGGGUGCUUUCAAGGAAUCUUUUCUGUGAGCAGGACUGGCCUCCCGUUCCCAGCUGCCCAACGGGGGCUUGCACAAGGUGUCAGCAACUCCUGUUUAAAGCUUGCCUUCCUUAGUGUACAACUGGCAGUGUUCUUGGACUCCUGGAUUUCCCUCGUCUGUGUUUUUGUGGCUGUGUAACUCGUGUUUGUGAGGCACCUGGAGCACUGGGCAGCUGCAGAGGGAGCCUGCCCUGGGCAGGGGGGCAGUUCUGGGCGUUUUGGGUCUGGUCAGGUCCAGUUCUGAUGAAAUGUCACCGUGUUGGCUUCCCCAGGCUUCACUGCCACGCGAGGCUGUCACUGCUGGGUGAGGGAGAAGGGGGGCCCUGACUGUGUUCAGUGAUGUACAAGAAACUGGAAAACAGACUUGAUUUCACUGGGAAAGGCUUAGCUUGUGGUUUCAGCACUGGGAUGCUGAAGAAAGAAAUUAAUCUCAA